AUGACUGCCACCAAGGAGAAAAGUAACAAGUACGAUCGGCAAUUACGGCUUUGGGCCACUUCUGGGCAAUCCCGUCUUGAGGACUGCCAUGUGUGCUUGGUCAAUGCCACUAGUACCGGCUCUGAGGUGCUAAAAAACUUGGUUCUUCCAGGAAUCGGAGACUUUACAAUAGUGGAUGAUUCUGUGACUACAGAUGCGGAUGUGGCCAAUAACUUCUUCAUGACUCGCACAGACACGGGCCGGCCCCGAAGUGAGGCCAUGUGUAAGUACUUGGGCGAGUUGAACCAAGACAGCAAUGGACACUUUGUUACGCGACCUCUCCAUUCUCUUGAAGAUGGGUUUUGGAGUCAAUUCAAUAUAGUCGUCAUAACUGACUAUGUUGCCUCUGAGCGGUUGAUCCAGAUCAAGGACCUUUUGUUUGAACUUGAGAUUCCCUUGCUUUUAGUCAACACGGUUGGGUAUUAUGGAACAGUACACUUGAUUACUAAAGAAGUUACUGUAAUUGAUACCCAUGCCAAUAACCUAUAUGACUUGAGAGUCGACAAGCCAUGGCCAGAGUUAUUAGAAUAUGCUCAUAGCUUUAAUUGGGAUGCAUUGGAUGAUACAGACCACGCACAUAUCCCAUCGGUGGUGAUACUUAUCAAUGCAUUGGAGAAUUGGCGUUCACAUCAUGAAUCUCCCGCACCAAGAAACACCAACGAGAAGAAAGAGUUUAGAAGACUCGUACUGUUGAUGGCACGCAAUAUGGAUUUUGAAACAAACUUCAUCGAAGCAAUUGAAACCAUUUCCAGAGCCUAUAGGCGAACUUCAGUUCUGUCUGAGCUACACCAGCUCUUCAACAAUCCAAAAGUUCCGGGAGAAACCGUGGGAAAUGACACUCCAUUAUUCUGGGUUCUUAUCAAAGCCCUCAAGCAGUUUGUUGAUGUUUCUCAGCAGAUCCCAUUGUCGGGGUCUCUUCCUGAUAUGGCUUCGGACACAAAGAACUAUGUGAGAUUGCAGAGGUUGUACAGAGAAAAGGCAGAUAAAGACAAACGAGAGUUGGUUGAAGCUACCAAAAUUCUUCUUAAAAGAGAUCUCACACUGCUGGAAUUGGAUCUGGUGAGUGUAUUCUGUAAGAACAUUCAAACCCUCCAUGUAGCAGAAGGAUCAGGUAACCUUUCGAGCCCAGAGCUCAUUGAGAGUCUAGUGAAGGAGAGUUCAAAUGGUUUUGAAGACUCCAACUCCAAUGCCAAUACACUCGCCAUAUACUAUGGACUUCUCACAUUCAACGAAUUCAUCAAUGAAGUCCAUCGGGUACCCUGUCCCCAUGACUUAGAAGUGUUCACCCAGCUAUUCACUAAGAAAUUUAAAGUUGACCAUAGUGAAAUUUCCACGUCCAUCAUGAACACAUUCAAAGAGAUCCUCUGUCAUAAUACUACCAACUACAUUAACACGGCAAGUCUUAUAGGAGGCAUUGCUUCACAAGAGGUGCUUAAGUUGUGCACGUCUCAAUAUAUUCCCUUAGAUAAUAUGUUAGUGUUUGACGGCAUACGAUCAAUUAGUAACCGGUACAAGAUUAGUUGA